AUGGAAGGGAAGGGGGGGGAAUCUGUAAAGACAAGAAGAGGCGGGGUGAGGGAUGAAGCUGAACGGCCUCCGGGAGCCCCAAGCGGCCGUGGCUGCCAGGAAGCCCCGGCGGGAGCGCGGCCGACCCCCCGGUCCGUGAUCACUCGGGUGGGGGCCCGCGCCCGCGGAAGGCUGGGCUGCCCCGUUGAGAUGCUGCUUGCAGGCUCGCCGAAGCCUGGGAACCGGAUCGCCCCGGCCGCGGGACCCGGGCUGGGCGGCGCGAUCCCCGCGGGUUCUCCCCUGGGAGACCCAGGCCCUCUCCUCUUCCCAGCUAACUCUUUCGAAAUUGCUCAGGCUUGGGGAGAGUUUGCGUCUUUGUUCCAGCGAGGCAGCCUCUCGUACACCCGGUUCGCUCGCCCUCACAAAGUCCCGGAGCUGGCCUUGGUCGGCUACCUGCAAAUGAGCAGAGAAGGGAGCGAGAGGCGGCGGGCUCAGCGCGCGCACUCCACACUCCCGUUUGGUGGCGGCAAACUGGCUACGGGCAGCGUCGCCAGUGGCAUUCGGGCAGCGAGCGGCUCCGGGUGCGCCAGGACCAAGCGGGAGCCUCCUGGUGGCCCAGCGCGGCCGGGGAAGCCCUCGUGGCCCGCGCCCCUCUGCCUUCCCUCCCCAGUGUUUGACUGCCCCUGCCCGAUUCCAGACACCCGGCGGGUGCCGGGGUGCAGGCACAGGCCAUGGUCCCGGGCGAUGCGAGCUGCGCUCCGCUCGGCCCGACCAGUUAGAGAAGGGGGCGACCACGCGCAGCGCCAGGUGGGCCGUGUGCUCGGAGCAAACUUCGGGGUCCCCCGGCCCUCAGUAACCCGGGGCCUGCGCUCCUCCGCGACGCAGGUCACAAGUGGGGGCCACAAGUGCAGCUCAGCGCCCCCAGAGCAUUCGGACCUCCCGCGCCCGCCCUCAGCCUUACCGUGCUGCGGAGCUCCCGCGGCGGCGGCGGCGGCGGCGGCGGGGGCAGUGCCCAAGGGGCAGGCAGCCGCCGGCGCGGGCAGCCUGGCCUCCGGCGCCCGCCGAGCGGCCCGGCUGGGUCGCAGAUCUCCCCCAGCUAGCGGCCGGUGCCCCCCGAGCCCGCCCGCCGCCGGCCGCUUCAGCUCGCGGCCAAGUUCAUGCCGGCGGCGCUGCAGCGGCAGCCUCAGUGUGCUCGCUCCAUUCCCACCGCCCGGCUCCGCGCCGCGCGCCCGGAAGGUGGAGUUUCGGGGGUUUAAGUUACUGAUAGGCAUUUCUCACUGCUGUGUCACUCGGGGAGGAGGAGACACGCACGCCGCACACUCACACACCCUCACACUCAAGGCGACGAGCGGCUCCGGCCUUAAAGGGGAAGCCGCGCUGCCCCGCCCGCGACCCCGCUGGACCCGGAGUCCCGAAACGCUGAGUUUCGGGCCCGCACGGGGCCGGGGGCAGCGGAAGCGCGGCGACCGCCAGAGGGGCCUACCGGGCCAGACCGACCCCCAGCCGCGGCCCCGGCCUCCUCUCCCUCGCCCCGGGAGGGCGCUCACCUUCCGUGGGCCGCUGCCGGGCGAGGAGCGCAGGUCUCACGGCCGCCGCGUCGGCCCGCCGGCUCCAAGGUGUCCCGCGGUGACAGCUGUGGAGACCCGGGCUCUCAGGUGGCGGGACUACCGAACUGCACCCGCCCCCGCUCGUGACCUAGAGGCGCCCCUCCCCCCGGGGACCCCGCCGCCCCAGCUCCCACCCGCGUGCGGACCCUGUCUCGGCCUCUCGCCGGCGUGCGCCCGAGCAGAGCUCUACCUCGGAGCGUUUCCCGAAGUUUCCCGACGGAGGAGCCACGCCCGCGCCCCGCCGCGGGCACAGGUGUCGGACUCCUGCUCCUCCAUCCCGGUCCUGGGGCGAGCGCGGCCCAAUGGGGGCGGCGAGGGUGCGUGGCCCUGCCAGGCUGUUGGGAAGGAAUCCACCUUGGCCGGGCCCCGCUGGGGCUGCCCUGGAGAGGGCCAGCGGCCAGGAGAACGUAUCGCGCUCUGGUGA